GGCGACACCCGACACCCCCCAGUUGCUCCCGGUCUCCAGUUCGGCGGGGGAUGCGGUGCACGGUUGCCGUGGAGACGAGUGAGGUCCCGCUUCCGGAUGCAAAGACAGCAACUUCAUCCUGGCUAACGCUCAGGUGUCCAAGGGCUUCCCCAUCGUCUACUGCUCGGAUGGCUUCUGCGAGCUCACGGGCUUCUCCAGGGCCGAGGUCAUGCAAAAGAGCUGUGCGUGCAAGUUCCUGUACGGCCCCGAGACCAGCGAAAGCAUCAUCAUCGGCGUCGACGACGCCUUGGAGGGGCGCAAGGAGUUUAAGGAUGAGAUCAUGUUUUACAGCAAGACAGCUGUGCUCUUCUGGUGCCUGUUGGACAUUGUCCCGAUUAAGAAUGAGAAGGGAGACGUGGUGCUCUUUCUGGCUUCGUUUAAGGACAUCACGGACAUUAAAGCCAAAACCCUUCAGGAGGACAAGAAAGAAGAGCGGCGGCGCGGCAAGAUCAAAACAGGCUCUCCGUUCGGCUCUGCUCGUAUGCGGAGCGGCACCGUCCUGUACCACGUCUCGGGCCACCUCCACAGCAGGGAGAAGAGCAAAAUUAAGCUCAACAAGAAUGUAUUUGGCGACCCUCCCGCCCUGCCAGAGUACAAGGUAGCGGACGCCAAAAAGUCCAAAUUCAUCCUGCUGCAUUACAGCACGUGCAAGGCCGGCUGGGACUGGCUGAUCCUGCUGGCCACGUUCUACGUGGCCGUGACCGUGCCGUACAAUGUGUGCUUCAUCGGCGACGACGACGACCUCACGCGCAGCACGACCGUCAGCGACAUCGCCGUGGAGAUUCUGUUCAUUCUGGAUAUUGUUUUCAAUUUCCGCACCACCUACGUCAGCAAGUCAGGCCAAGUGAUCUUUGACGCUCGGCAGAUUUGCUUCCACUACCUGACCACCUGGUUCAUCAUCGACCUGGUGGCUGCCUUGCCCUUUGACCUCCUCUAUGCCUUCAAAGUCAGCGUGGUGUCCGUGGUGCACCUGCUGAAGACGGUGCGCCUGCUGCGCCUGCUCCGCCUCCUCCAGAAAAUGGACCGCUACUCGCAGCACAGCACCGUGGUUCUGACCCUGCUCAUGUCCAUGUUCGCCUUGCUGGCCCACUGGAUGGCCUGCAUCUGGUACAUCAUCGGGAAAAUGGAAAUGGAGGCCAACGCCUACAACUGGGAUAUCGGAUGGCUGCACGAGCUGGCGAAGCGUCUGGAGUCGCCGUACUACCCCGUCGGCGCCGCGAACAACGUCACCAGCGGCCCCCCCAUCCGGAGCGUCUACGUGGCAUCUCUCUACUUCACGCUCAGCAGCCUCACCAGCGUGGGCUUCGGCAACGUGUCGGCCAACACGGACGUUGAGAAAAUCUUUUCCAUUUGCGUCAUGCUCAUAGGAGCACUGAUGCACGCAUUGGUCUUCGGCAACGUGACGGCCAUCAUCCAGAGGAUGUACUCCCGCUGGUCCCAGUACCACACCAGGACCAAAGACCUCAAGGACUUCAUUCGAGUGCAUCAUCUGCCGCGCAGCCUGAAGCAGCGAAUGUUGGAGUAUUUUCAGACAACCUGGUCAGUCAACAACGGCAUCGACUGUAAUGAGCUGCUAAAGGACUUCCCGGACGAGCUCCGCUCCGACAUCACCAUGCACCUGAACAAGGAGAUCCUGGAGCUGUCCCUGUUCGCCGCCGCCAGCCGGGGUUGCCUGCGCUCCCUGUCGCUGCACAUCAAGACCACCUUCUGCGCCCCCGGAGAGUACCUCCUCCGAGAGGGCGACGCCCUGCAGGCCAUCUUCUUUGUGUGCUCAGGCAGCAUGGAGGUCCUGAAAGAUGGCAUGGUCUUGGCGAUUCUUGGUAAAGGAGACCUGAUCGGGGCGAACGUGUCCUUAGACGAGAGAGUGAUCAAAACUAACGCCGACGUGAAAGCGCUGACCUACUGCGACCUGCAGUGUAUCAACUUGAAGGGUCUGUAUGAGGUUCUGGACCUCUACCCGGAGUACUCGCAUCACUUUGUGCAGGACAUUCAGCAGGAUCUCACCUACAACCUGAGGGAGGGACAAGAGACACACGUGAAGGCCAGGCUGUCCACGGCGCCGCUCGAUCCUCAGUCAGGUGUGAAGAGCAACGGUCGACUCAUUCAGGGUUGCGUGCCUCUCGCCGAGGCCCACGGGGGACGUGACAAGGACAAGAGGGACGAUGAUGAUUGUCUGUCAUCGGAGCAGAACGGAGCAGUGACCCUCGGGGGCGCCGGCGGGUCGUCUCCGGUCGGCCGACCUCGUUCCGGAAGCGCGGGACGGAGCUCGGACAAAUGUGGCAUGAUGAGCCAGGAUAUUACACUGGUCACUUUGGACCCUUCCAACCUGAGCCCCCGGGUAGCGGACGGAAGAGCGGAAAGUUCCUUGCCCUUUCCUGGCUUGUCUUCCAAGCGUGGUUGCCAUGACAACGAUCCCACCAGUGCCUCAGCAUCCAGCACAGCCACGCCACACAUCAGCGCGGCCGAAUUAGCGGCAAAAGCGGAGGAGACCGGGGGGCAACUCCGACACCUCAACCAACAGGUGCUGAACCUGGGGAGGGAAGUAGCAGACCUUGGCCAGGUGAUGAAGAGGAUGACCCAGCUCAUGGAGAGCCUCAUGUCACCCGGGCCCCAAACAACGGUGGUGUGCCCCACACAUGACCCCCUACUCCCCAUUCACCUGCACCACGCUAACCCGCCUCCGUGCUACCCUUCCCCACCCGGGUCCCGGACUCCCUCCAUUUGGUCGGACACACCCACGUCCCUGCCCCCUUCUCGGUUCAAGACUCCCUCGCAGCAUGUGGACUCUCAGGACCCUCAGCUCGGGUACGCCGCCGGCCCCUCGGAAACACAACCCUCCUCCUCAAUCAUCGCCGAGGCUCGCCUGACCUCCUCCCCCCUCGGCUCACUUGAGAUUUAUCAAUGCAAGGACGGGUUUUCUACCUCCAUCAGGUCAAGGUCACCUCCGCAGGACGGGAGUGACGCGAGCCCACGUCGCAUCUCCGGGAGCUCCCCUCAGUUUGGACCUGUGCAGACAUACCAGAACCAAACUUUGCAGUAGGCCCGCAUCCGAAUUCUGCCUGCCUUUUGGGGGAACGAUCACAUUUUUGGACGAUAUUUGCAGGGAUGCGAGAUCACUCUUGCUUCAGAGACGCGCAAUGAACUUCAACUGCAUGGAAACAAAUUAGUUGUUAGUGUUACCUUUUGGUAGUUCUCAAGACAGGGUUAAAGGUGUACGGCAAACGGCCAAAACCCGUCCCUCCCUUCUCCCACCCAACUACCCCUGGGGCAACUUACCAUUUUUAAAGCAAUAGACACAC